UGGUCCUGUCACGGCGCCGGCGUCGUGGUGCUUGGGCGGUCGCCCCCGAGAGUUGUGGACCUCGGCGAGGCCUUUGGGGGUUACUGCCCGGCGCGGUCCCGUCGGGCCUCGCCCCAGCCUGCACCUCACCAUAGCGGCCCGCGGCGUGGCGCGGGCGUGCGAGUCGGCGCCGCGGCUGCCCCGGGACCUGGGCCCGAACGGAGCCUCCUCCACCGCAGCGAGCCGAGAGAGGCGGCGGCGAGAUGCAGCCGCCCGGCCCGCCCCCGGCCUUUGCCCCCACUAACGGCGACUUCACCUUUGUGUCCUCGGCCGACGCGGACGAUCUUAGUGGGUCUAUAGCAUCCCCAGAUGUCAAAUUAAAUCUUGGUGGAGAUUUUAUCAAAGAAUCAACAGCAACUACAUUUCUGAGACAACGAGGAUAUGGCUGGCUUUUGGAAGUUGAAGAUGAUGAUCCUGAAGAUAACAAGCCACUUUUGGAAGAAUUGGAUAUCGAUCUAAAGGAUAUUUACUACAAAAUCCGAUGUGUUUUGAUGCCAAUGCCAUCACUUGGUUUUAAUAGACAAGUAGUGAGAGACAAUCCUGACUUUUGGGGUCCUCUGGCUGUUGUUCUGUUCUUUUCUAUGAUAUCACUGUAUGGACAAUUUAGGGCUUUUGUGUCAAAGGCUGUGCCAAAAGCACCCGGAUUGGUAAUUACAGUUCACUUAAAGGGUAAAUUUGACAACAUCUCCAUAAUCUAA